UCGAGCCCGUGGGGCAGAAUAGUGAAACCAACGUCUUUCGCGCAUAUGAACCAGUCUUGCAACUGGUUCCGGCUGCAGGUUCGUCAGUCAACGGGAAACCACCGAGAAGGCCGAGUAUCCUGACGUCCGGCUCGAAGAGAGGCACCAUGAGUGCCGGCGUCCGGUUAAUCCUGUGUACGAUCCUCGGGGUUUCAGGAAGCUUCAUGCCGCACCCAGUAAAUGGCAGUCCGUAUCGCGACUGUUACACGGUGACACAUUCGCAACACCAUCAUGAUUAUUCGGUAGAAGAGACACUCCAAGAUGAUGAAGUUUUGAACGAAAGAAGGAAUAGUAAUGAAGGAACGCAACUACCGUUGAGUUCUAAAGGCACAAAAGAAGAAAGAAUCUAUCUUGUCGGAGAGAACAAUCAUCUUCAAGAGACGUCUAGAGAGUCAUACUGGGAUGAUGACUAUGACAGGGGCUUUUCUCUAAUUGGCCUAGUUGAAUCCAUGAUAUCCGUCGUGGCGAGCGGGAUCAGCACGGUGAUGAACAGCAUCGUUGGCACCGAGAAGAAGAACUCGAGAUCGCGAGUUAGUAGAAUAAAUUAUAGGAAUUAUCAAUUAAUCCGGAUAUUCCCCAACACAGAGAAUCACAUUGUAAACUUGCACGAUUUGAGAGACGCCGAGCCCGAGAACAUCAAAUUUUGGUCCUUUCCAGUUCCCAACAAGACUUCCGACGUCAUUGUCGCUCCAGAUCUCGUGGCCGAUGUUAAAGACUACCUGAAGGAUAAAGAGAUCGAUUUUAAAGUGGUGAUAUCGGAUAUUCAGAAAGCUAUCUCUUAUCAAAACCCGAAAAUGUCAAAAGAGCAGCGUGAAGAUUUGGUAACCACUCAAGGCCACACGAUGACGUGGAAACGUUAUCAUCGAUAUGGAGAUAUCGUGCGUUACUUGGAAUACCUGGCCCUCAAAUAUCCCAAAAUGAUUGAUCUAACAACCAUAGGCCAUAGUUAUGAAGGCCAACCGAUGAAAUUGGCAAAAGUCUCGACAGGAUUGAACAAGGACGGCGAAAAGAAACCUGCGAUUUGGAUCGAUGCCGGCAUGCACGGACGAGAAUGGAUCGGUACCGCUGUGGCGACCUACAUACUGAGUCAGCUGGUCGAGAAGAACACAAGUUACACGAAACUGCUGGAUAAUUCGGACUGGAUGAUUCUGCCGGUUGCUAAUCCCGAUGGUUACGAGUACAGUCACACCAGCGAUCGUUUCUGGCGGAAGACCCGGAGCAACCACGUGGAAAGUCAGGAAGAUAGCAGGUACACGCCUUCCAAUUUGAUGCAGUUUGUAACGCACUAUACCAGAUGGUUCUGGACUAAAUGCGAAGGAGUUGAUCCCAAUCGCAAUUUUGCAUAUCACUGGGGCGAGGAGAAGGAAGGAGGAACCAGCUUGGAUCCGUGUCACGAGACUUACUCUGGACCCUUCCCCUUUUCCGAGCCGGAGACAAAAGCUAUAGCAGAUUACAUUUUGGCAAAUAAGCAGCAUAUCCGAAUGUACCUGUCUUUACAUUCUUACUCACAAAUGUGGUUAGUACCAUGGGGUUAUACGCGUUCCAAGCCUUCAGAUUACUCCGAGUUGGUGAACGUAGCGAAAAAGGCGAUUAACGCGAUCACAAAAGUUCACGGCACUCACUAUCAGCUUGGACCAGUGACCGAUCUGAUGUAUCCAACUUCCGGAGCGUCUGACGACUGGGCUAAAGGCGUUGCUGGAAUAAAAUACGCGUACACGAUAGAAUUGCGCGAUCGUGGAACUUAUGGAUUCUUAUUGCCAGCGUCGCAGAUAGUUCCAACCGCGCGCGAGAUUUGGGCGGGAAUCCGCGCGAUUGCCCGUUUAAUCACAUGCAAUACAUGAGAUUGAUCUGAACUACUGAUGCACGUAUUUAACAUGAUUGAAUAUUUAUUCAGCAUGAUAAGCACUCAUCGAAAUCCUUCUUAUAAAGCACCGCAAUCUUCGUGGACACCUGUGAGCGUGAUACUAUUAAUAGAAAAAGAUAUCGGGGCAUUCGGAAAAACCAGCAAAUGCAUUGGUAUCUGAAUAAAAGACCGUUAUCAUGAUAAACCUAAAGAGAUAAACCUAUUAACUUAUUAAUUAGAUACGGAGAGAAUGUUAUCUGUUCUGAUAUUUAUUUGUUCAUAGUUUUUCGGUUAUGAACAAAUGAAUAUAAUGUCACAACAAAUUGUAUAUUCCUUUAGCUAGAAAUGCACGAUUUCAUGUCUUUUCAAGUGCACUGACCGACUCAGUUCCAUGCAUUGUUAUUGUUAUCGGAAGAUCUCUGUAGUAAACUGAGCUGCCAGUCAGCAUGCACCUUAAAAAACAUAAAACUGUGCAUCGUGUGUUUCUAGCUUAACAAAAUUAUAUGCUUAAAUUGCUCUUUAAGGGAGAUGCUUUGUUUAUGACUGUAUUAAAUUAUAAAUCUCUGAGUAUUAUAUUUGUAGAAAUUGUUCCGGUUUAAAUGAAUCGAAAUUAUGGAGUAUAUAUGUUUAACGAAAAUGUCUAGUUCUGUACAUUUUUACUUUUAGUUUACGUAAAGCAUGUAUAAUAUAUGCAUUGAAUAUAUUUAUAUUAUUUAUUAUUUUUCAUAUCGGUAUUUUUAUGUACAAAUAAUAAUUAAUCGAUACUAGUAACUAUGUUUUAUUUACUUCAAUAUAUUAGACUAUAUUACUCUUAAAUUGUUGUUAUUUUAACAGAUGUGUACGUAUUAUGAACAAAAUGCAUAUUAAGAACAAAAUUAACACGUUAAAUGUCCCGUUGAUUUUCAUUGAUUAUAUCAAAGCUCAACUAAAGAUAACAAAAGAUACGAUAAAUAAAUAUAGGUCAUGACAUGUUUAAUAAAUACAGGUCAUAAUAUAUUUGUUAGUUUAUAUAUUAUUCGGUGCUAUUAGUAUAUAUAGAAUUAUAUCUGUAAUUUAUUAAAUGUAAUUUAUUAUGUCCUACAUGUAAAAUAGUAAAAUAGUAAGUGAAACAUGAUAGUAUCACCAUGCCGAGUCCUUAAGGCCAGUUAAUAUUCCAAGAAAAUAAUUCUCUGUCGCUUACUAUACAUUUCAAGAAAGAUCGGUAUUUAUUCAAUGUAUGAAACGUAAUAUAAGAAUACAUUAAGUACUUUCUAGAAAACAAAUGAAU